AGGGGGAUGGAACCACGCAGCGGGAGGGAAAUCUGGCCCCUCCAAAAGGAGUUGAGGAAGCUCCCUCCCUCCCCCCGUCAUGCCACCCUCCUGGCCCUGCAGCUUCCAUGUCGUUGGAGAUAGCCAGGUGUGGCCCGGGAUCCCAGGGGGUGCAGGGGGGAGGGUGGCGUCUGAGCUCCUAGGGCGCUGGCCCGGCCCAGAGGGGACAGGAAGCCGGGACACCGGGGAUUGUCUCUAGCAGCCGCAGCCCAGCCUCAGCCCGGGAGGAAGUUCUGCCCGGCGCUCUCGGCUGGUGCCUCCCUCGCUGUAUUGUUGAACAGGAAACCGGGCUGCGCGGGAGCUGGGCGGUGGAGGAGGGAGCGCCGGCCGCCGAAAGCACGCGUGCCUGCCGGGACAAGUGGAGGCGAAGCCGGUGAUCGGACGCCCCAAGCUCCUGAUCCCGGAGGUCUCUCCUGCUUAGCCCUUGGAAGCCCCGCCCUUGGAAAGAGAUGGCAGGGGCCUGAUCUGCAUCCAUCCGCGGACUCCGCCGGUCCUGCCCAUGGGCCCGCAGAGACCUGCCCUGCCAUCGGAAACGCCAGGGCCGCGAUGGCGGCGGACGUCGAGGGGGACGUGUACGUGCUGGUGGAGCAUCCCUUCGAGUACACUGGCAAGGACGGGCGCCGCGUGGCCAUCCAGCCCAACGAGCGCUACAGGCUGCUGCGCCGAAGCACGGAGCACUGGUGGCACGUGCGGCGCGAGCCCGGCGGCCGCCCCUUCUACCUGCCCGCGCAGUACGUGCGCGAGCUGCCGGCGCUCGGGGACCCGGCCGCCACCUCCACGCCACCCGCGCUCCGCCCGGGGCCCGUCGCCCCGGAACCGCUCGCCUACGACUACCGCUUCGUGAGCGCGCCGGUGUCCGCGGGCCCCGACGGCACGCCCGCCGAGCCCCGGGGCCGCGUGGGCUCCCUGUGCGGCCCCGCGCGGCGCGGCGCCGCCACCCAGCGCAGCAGCCUGGCGCCGGGCUUGCCCACCUGCUUGUACACGCGGCCCGCGGCGCCGGUGCGGCCCGCCCAGUCCCUGGACGACCUGGCGCGCGCCGCCGUCGCGCCCCCUGCCGGCCUCCUCGGGAGCGCGGGCAGCUUCAAGGCCUGCAGCGUGGCGGGCUCCUGGGUGUGCCCGCGACCCCUGGCGCGCAGCGACUCCGAGAACGUCUACGAGGUCGUCCAGGACGUGCGCGGCCCACCACGGGAGGAGCGCCCGCAGCAGGUGGACGACCCCUCGGAGCCCGUGUACGCGAACGUAGAGCGGCAGCCUCCGGCCACUUCGCCCGGCGCCACCGCGGCCCCCCGCCCCCAGGCGUGGGAGACGCACACGGACGCGGGCACCGGGCGCCCCUACUACUACAACCCGGACACGGGCGUGACCACCUGGGAGUCGCCCUUCGAGGCUGCUGAGGGCGCCUCCAGCCCGGCCACCUCCCCGACCUCGGUGGGCAGCCGCGAGAGCCUCGAGACAGACUGGGGCCAGUACUGGGAUGAGGAGAGCCGCAGGGUGUUCUUCUACAACCCGCUGACGGGCGAGGCCGUCUGGGAGGACGAGCCCGACGACGAGCCCGAGGACGACCUGGAGAUGCAGCCGGGACUGAGCCCGCUCAGCCCCAGGGACCAGAGGCCCCCUACCCCUGAGACGGACUACCCCGAGUCGCUGACUAGUUACCUCGAGGAGGACUAUUCCCCCGUGGGCUCUUUCAGUGAGCCACGGUCCGCCUCUCCCUUGGCCACGCCCCCCGGCUGGUCUUGCCACGUGAGCCCCGAGGGGCAGACGCUCUACACCAACCACUUCACCCAGGAGCAGUGGAUGAGGCUGGAGGAUGAACACGGGAAGCCCUACUUCUACAACCCAGAUGACGACUCGGUUCAGUGGGAGCUGCCCCAGGUUCCUGUCCCUGCCCCUCGAAGCAUCAGCAAAUCCAGCCAGGACAGUGAGACCCCAGCCCAGGCCAGCCCCCCUGAGGAGAAGAUCAAGACCCUGGACAAGGCCGGUGUGCUGCAUCGCACCAAGACAGUGGACAAAGGAAAGCGGCUCCGGAAGAAGCACUGGAGCGCCUCCUGGACGGUGCUGGAGGGUGGCAUCCUGACGUUCUUCAAGGACUCCAAGGCCUCAGCUGCAGGCGGCCUGAGGCAGCCUCUCAAGCUCUCCACCCCUGAGUACACAGUGGAUCUGAGGGGGGCCUCUCUCUCCUGGGCCCCCAAAGACAAAUCUAGCAGGAAGAAUGUGCUGGAGCUACGGAGCCGAGAUGGCUCAGAGUACCUGAUCCAGCACGACUCAGAGGCCAUUAUCAGCACCUGGCACAAGGCCAUCGGUGAGGGCAUCCAGGAGCUGUCCGCAGACCUGCCCCCGGAGGAGGAAAGCGAGAGCAGCAACGCGGACUUCGGGUCCAGGGAGCGCCUGGGAAGCUGGCUGGAGGGUGAGGCGCGGCCCACUGCAGGCGCAGCCACCGCGGAGAGCGACCUGAGCAAGGUCCGGCACAAGCUCCGCAAGUUCCUGCUGAGGCGGCCCACGCUGCAGUCGCUGCGGGAGAAGGGCUACAUCAAAGACCAGGUGUUCGGCUGCGCGCUGGCCGCGCUGUGUGAACGCGAGAGGAGCUCGGUGCCGCGCUUCGUACAGCAGUGCAUCCGCACCGUCGAGGCCCGGGGGCUGGACAUCGACGGCCUGUACCGCAUCAGUGGAAACCUGGCCACCAUCCAGAAGCUGCGCUAUAAGGUGGACCACGAUGAGCGCCUGGACCUGGAGGACGGGCGCUGGGAGGACGUCCACGUGAUCACCGGCGCCCUGAAGCUCUUCUUUCGAGAGCUGCCGGAGCCCCUCUUUCCCUUCUCGCACUUCCGCCAGUUCAUCGAGGCCAUCAAGCUGCCGGACCAGGCCCAGCGCAGCCGCCGUGUGCGGGACCUGGUGCGCUCGCUGCCCGCCCCCAACCACGACACGCUGCGGCUGCUCUUUCAGCACCUGUGCCGGGUGAUCGAGCACGGCGAUCAGAACCGCAUGUCCGUGCAGAGCGUGGCCAUAGUGUUCGGGCCCACGCUGCUGCGGCCCGAGACUGAGGAAACCAGCAUGCCCAUGACCAUGGUGUUCCAGAGUCAGGUGGUGGAGCUCAUCCUGCAGCGGUGUUCAGACAUCUUCCGGCCGCACUGACAGCCGACCCCACCCUCACCCCCGAUGCUGGCGCUGCGGACCUGGGACUGGGGACCGCGACAGUGGUCCCACCACAGAAGCUGGACGGUUGCAGGCCACUUGGCCAAACUCUUAUCUGUGAGACCCUCCGCCUCCCAUCGGUCCGCAGGCGGAUGUGAAAUCUGCGCCACUGGGUGCAGUAUGGUGACCCCUGGUGGGCAGUUUGCAAAAUGUGAUUCCCCGCACCACCAACCCCCCCCCCCCCCCCCCCCCACCGCCCUGGCCUGUCUUGUUUGGGGCUUCUUUGGGUUCGGUUCUUUAUCACAUAGACACCUACUGUGUGUGUGUGUGUGUGUGUGUGUGUGUGUGUGUAAGAAAGAGAGAGAGAGAGAGAGAGAGAAUUGUGGGGGUGAGUUUGAUUUCCCAGAUGGGCCAUGCCCCGGGGGAGGACUUGGGGUGAGGGGCUUCUCAGCUUUUUCAGGCCUGCACCUGGUCAGGCCUUCAAGGACGCCCUCCCUGUGGGGCCCCAGCCCUGUGUGGGUCAUGAAGCAACAACAUACACCUUCCUUCCUUCCCUGCUGCCCUGCCUUGCCUCAGGCGCAGCUCCUGCCUGACUCUCAGUGGCUGACUGUGGGCCAUUUUCAUCUGCUUUCCUGAUCCAGGCCUCUGCCCUCCCUGAUCCACUCGUGUUCUGAGCAAGGGUUCUCCAUAUUCGCUAAGCGCAUACCCUGCGCUGGCCACCUGCCAUGCACCGUUUCCACACACAGUCCUGUUUUACAAAUGAAGAAACCGAGGCAGAGGCAAAGUGACUUGUUCAGGGUCCCGUGGGGGUGAUGGGUCGGACUGCCCAGCUCAGGCUCCUCUCGCAGCACAGCACAGCCUCCUAGGAGGCCCUUUCCUCCAAACUAUCCCUCUCCUCCAAACCCCAUCAUGGGCUUACGGGGAAAGCAAAAGAAAUGAAGGUAGGUUGUGUCUGGACCUUGGGAGACCCUCAGGGCAGAAGGGAAACCCGCCCCAGCUGGGGGAGGGGGAAUUAGCACUGGCAAGGGGUCCCCAGCCCCUCUCAGCGCCCUGGCCGCCCCGGUACACCUGCCUGGCGCCCACCUGGUCAUAAAGAGCUGGGAGAGGCCUGCAGGGUUGGGGGAAGGGGGGUACAGCCUCUGGAAAGGGAGCGUGAGCCCCAGGGGCAGCAAUGCCCUCUCCCUCCUCAUACACAAACCACCUCAGUUUGUGGGUCUCGCCCCACCCUCCACCCCCCUCCCCAGCUACGGUUCAUUUCUUCGACAAACAAUAGGAACAGAUAUUUAUUGACAUUUGCGCCACGCCAAGCAUUUCACCUGGAUUGUCUCAGUUUCUCACAGCCAAUAUUUAUUGUCUGCUCCUCCGCGCCGGGCACUGUGUGCUGGGGCGGGGGGUGCCACCCACGCCACCGCUCUGGUGGAGCACCUGGCUCGGUGGCCGACCCAAGCCCACCUCACAUGCCAGCAGGGCUGGGACAAGAGUACAAACGGAGGCCUCACCCCAUGCAUCGAAAUAUUGUAAAGUUACAAAUCAAGAUAUAACUGUUAAAUAAAAAUAUGUUCUAUUCUCCUA